AUGAAUCUGUUCUUCGUCUUGCUAGGUGCCUUGGCAAGCCCCACACUGGCUGCCCUAGAGCUUGUACCAGGCGCAACAUGGACUGCUUCAAAUGGGGAGCAUCUACAAGCCCAUGGUGCCGGAUUCAUCGAAGAAAAUGGAAUUUAUUACAUGAUCGGCGAGGACAAAACAAAUGGUACUUACUUCCAGAACGUCAACUGUUAUUCAUCGUCCGAUCUGGUUCAAUGGAAUUAUGUCGGAGCCCUUUUGAGCCGAACUGCUUCUGGCGAUCUGGGUCCUGAACGAGUUGUGGAGCGGCCAAAGGUCAUCUACAACGACAGCACGAAGAAAUAUGUGCUCUAUGCCCACAUUGACAGUUCAAGCUAUGGCGAGGCAAAAGUGGGUGUGGCAACGGGGGACUCAGUGUGUGGGAAAUAUAACUAUCUGGGUAGCUUCCAGCCGAUGGGAAAUACUAGUAGAGAUAUGACUCUGUUCAAAGACGACGACGGAUCCGGAUAUCUUAUCUCCGAGGACCGCCCAAAAGGACUUCACAUCUACAAAUUGACAGCUGACUACCAUAAUGUAUCCUCUGAGACGUAUCUGUUUCCGACCCCAGGAAAUAUCGAAGCGCCAGCACUUGUGAAACGUGACGGUCUCUACUACCUCUUUGGGUCGCAUCUGUCAGGCUGGUCAGACAAUGACAACGUCUAUUCUACAUCAAAGUCUCUCGGAAGUGGGUGGACAGAUUGGCAAACAUUUGCACCCGUCGGCAGCAAAACCUUCUCCUCUCAGACAAACUAUGUGCUCUCCAUCGAUGAAAAUCGGGUCAUGUACAUGGGAGAUCGUUGGGUAAGCACGGAUCUUAUGACAAGCACGUACGUCUGGUUACCACUCCAAAUUUCGGGCACGAAUGUUACUAUGAAGUGGUACGAUCAAUGGGCUCCAAAUCUUGGAUCCUCAUCUGGAUUCCAGACAUCUCUAUCCAAUACAACAGUCCAGGGAGAAAGUGGCACCUAUGCCGGGGCAGCGAAGGAUAUCAGCUGUACUGGUUGCUCUGGGGGCUACGCAGCUGGUUAUAUUGGCGGGCCAAGUGACGGAAGCGUCACGUUGAGUGGCAUUCAAGCCAGUGAUUCCGCAGCAACUACAAUCACGUUUGAGUAUAGAAAUGGUGACUCGGGAACGCGGUAUGCUAAUGUCACAUUCAAUGACUCUCCCGCUCAAAAGGUCGCUUUCUUAGCAAGUGGAGGCAAUGUCAAGAGAAGUGUUAUCAAUACUCAACUUAAGGCAGGAAAGACCAAUACGGUUGUCAUCGAGGGAUAUAAUACUGGAUACGGCCCGGACAUCGACGAGGUGGAAAUCCCACUAUAG